AUGUCGUGCCGAUGGUGUGGUGUCGACGUCAAGAGGUUGCUGUACAUGGUCGUCUUGUUCGGUCCUCUUCUGCAAGCUCCGUCGCUGGCAGAUAUUUCUUUGAAAGGCGAUACCUUCGGCCAAGCAUGUUUGCCCAUCCAACGCGCCGGAUGGAGCUCGGGAGGUUUACACAGCAUUGCAAGAGACCAAGGCGAAGUGAUCCGCAAAUUACCCAAUAGCGACGAGACUUUCAUCCUCGACUUUGGGAAGAACAAAGGGAAGAAGCUGACAGAAGUGUCCAAAGAAUACAUCUCAUGGUUGGUCAACCAGCAAGUGUACAAGAGCAGACCCGCGCUUCAUGCUGCUCUGCUGUCCAUGCAGAUCUUCAGCAAGACCUCACAGUCCUCGUCAGUGGACAAGCCUAAGGAGGACAAGGGCCAUAUCAAGGGCCACCAGCACAAGGAAUCCUGCAAAGCGAGCUUCCAUGAUCGGGAAGUACUUGCUAAUAUGCCUGGCCUGGAUGUCCCACAUGCUCUUAUCGCUCACCUUCCGUCUGCUCAAGGCUCUGCGUCAUUGGCCAGUGACACGACAGUCGAAGUUGGUGACGGCGAGCACGAGGAGGAUCAAGCUGAUGCCCCUGACGUCCCGUCGAACUCGCCUGACCCGUUCAAGACCGUCAAGAAUAGCGAAAAAGCGAGAGAGGAGGCAGAGACAGGGGUUGCUUGCAGCCAUGGCAGCAAGAUCAAAGUUGAGAGAGCAUGGAAGGCAGCGCACUCGCACGUGUCGGGCUGA